UGUUUCCACAAAGCAUGCGACAAAGAGAAUGAGAGAUAAGAGAAAAUGAAAGAUUACAAAGAAAACAGGACUUUUUUUGGAAACUAACGUGGCUACACGAAAAAUAAUUACAACAAAUAAAAUCGCAAGGUUGUGAUCGUCGAUUUCAUCAUGAUAACUCUGGACUGACUGGGUGUCGCGGCUUUCCAAUCUCCAUGCUGUUUUGGCAGAUUUGAGAAAUUUGAGUACCUUACUAGCAUUCAUCAUGGAGUUGCUGUCGAUGCAUGGCAGUUUGUUUCCAUUCUUAUAAUCCUUUCCGUUGUGCAUAGAUUUGGGGCCCAAGCCAGCCAUCAUAACAGAAAGGUAUUCAAGUUUUGCUUGUGCAGCACCAAUAACAUGUCAUUAAUCACCUGUCAUCAUCAACGAUCAGCAACAAUCUCUAUGUCAUCACUAAUGAAAACCAGCAUCCUGUUUGAGUCGAGAAACUACCGAUGCCGGUCUAGUUCUUUGCCUUUCCUUACUUGUGGACAUGUGAAUGCCUGGAUGUAUUCACGAAGACGUCCUUUUAACUAUCUUUUCUGGUGGAUUCUGCAGAUUUGGAACAUCCAUGGAAUAUGGAUAUGCCUGCCUGUAUUCCCCGGGCUUCAAGAAAUUCAAGUGGCGACUCCUCACCGAGCGGCUGGACGGAUUGGAAGACCCUCCGCCGCAACUCAAACGAUCCGACAGCAGCUGGAUCGACUGGCUGACUCUCAAAAUCGACGAGGAGGCCGUCGGGAAAGAUGGCGCCACUUUUCUAUGGUUCCAAUUCCGGCUGAUUCAAGUGCAAAUUCUCAUGACGGUCCUCGGGAUCGUCUUGAUUGUGAUGCAUCACAACGGCGACAAGCUGGGCGAGUGGCCCAGCAAAACUCUGCAAUCCACGGGACUUUACAACAUUGGCGUCAACGGGGCUCACGGUGUCAUCUGCAGUGCCAUCCUCAUCACUUUGGCUUGGUUGAUGAGACAACAUGGACAGGAUCGAGGUGUCAGAUCGCUGGCCAGCCACGACGUCAACAGUUUCUCCACCGUCUGCAAUCGACGCUGGCUGAUGAUCUCUGGAAUUCCGCUGACAACCACGGCCGAUUCCCUCCUGGAAUAUUUAAUAUGCAACCUCGAUGCCAAGGGAAUCCACCAGGAACAAAUCGUGAUGGCCAAAGAUGUCAGCAAAUUAAUACCCGUCCAAAAUCAGUUGAAUUUCAUCAGAAAUAUCAAACAGAAUUUGAACGGCAGAGUCUUGAUGGGCCGUCGAUUUUGGGAUUUAAAAUCCUGGUUGAAACCAGCAAUCGGGGCCGUUUCUUAUUACAACAACAAAGAAGAAACUCUGUCCGUGAAAAAAGAUGAAAUAAUUAAUCAACUCAAAUUUACCGGAACGGUUUUUAUCCGUUUCGACAGUCCGGUCGAGGCUAAAGCCACAAAAUUUGCCAUUCGACGACACCAAUCGAAUUGGCUUUGGAAAUGUGAGGAGACCAAUCAGAACCGACAAUUCCGGCCGUCAGAGUGGGUGGUGCGAUACGCUCCUCCGGGCUCCGACAUCAACUGGAUGCAUUUAAAAAACCCGCGCCCACCUUUUUGGAAGACACUUCUAGUCUGGCUGAGAGUCCUGGCCAUUUACUCGAUUUACAUCUUCCUGAUGGCCGCGCCGGCCACCAUUGUCCAUUGGCUUCACUUGGACGGACAGGAACGAUCGAUUUUUUGGAAGAGAUUCGCUCUGCCCACUCUGGUGUCGUUAUUCACCACCAAAUUGACCAACUGGGUCACCGGGCAAGACCGGCUCAGACAUCAUUUAUCUCUAACCAAAGCCAGUCUGGCCAGUUUCCGAUCCAUUUGCUUCCUGGAAAUUCUCCUCUACAUGAUUCGGAUGAUGGCGAGGAAACCACUUCCGCUGCUGCUGGCUGGCGAGUUCAACAGCGACGACAUCCGGCUGGCGUGCGUCUUCUUUCCCGUUCACGGCAGCUUCCUGGCCUGUUGCAUCAUCGUCAACACGGCCGGCGGGAUCUUGAUGAACCACUUGCGCUUCGAUUUCCUCUGGUCUUACACGAAGAAAUGGUUCAGCUUCCGGUCGGAAGAGGAGAAAUCAACUUACAUCAUCGCCUAUAGAAUCGACUACGAUUUUGCUUCGAACUACGCCGAAUUGAUCACCAAUUUCGCCCUGACGAGUUUCUUUAUCGUCAUUUUCCCGGUGAUCAGUUUGGUGUCGUUCACCUUUUCGAUCCUCCGGUUUAUCAGCGAUCGAUCCGCUUUGACUCGCAUUUACCCCGUCGGCCGGAUCGGCCACAAUUUACACCAGGAAUCCAUCAACAUGGCCAUGAGAUUCGCCAUCGCUUCGCCGUUGGCUUUGCUGAUUUACCGGCGAAUUCAACUGGGUCACGGAGUGAAAUUACUCGAUCCUGGCAUCGUCGCUCCGUCCUGUUUGCUGAUUUUGUACGCCACUUAUUUGCUUUACGCCCACGUCAAAUCCUACGGCGUUUUGCCCACUUGGUUCUGCCGAUUGACAAAACUCCGAUCGAGAAAUGACAUUUCCAAUAUCGAAGACGACGAGGAAGAUGUGGUUGACUCGUUGAGCAACAUCCAACACGAAUACGAUCCUCUAGCCCAAAUCAGAGAACAAGAAAUGUGCGAGUUCAAUCAUUCCAGUCAUUCAUUGUUGUCGACUGCGUGCAAAGAUUCCGUUCCCGCCCAGCUAGUCGUGUGUUAAACCCUUCGGGCUAUAAAAUUGCGCAAGUUUAUUCUUCUAUUUAACUUCGUGACUGUGUCAAAUUUUACGUUUAAGAAAAGAUUCACGUAGUUCUUUGCUCAUAUUUGUUCUUCACUUCCAUAACUCGAACGAUAAACAGAGAUGACAAUCGUUAUCGCCUUACAACCCUCCAGGCUGUAUCAGCCAACUGAUAAACAAUGACGUGCACUUUUGCCUAGUAAAAUUCCUUUCCAAAAUUGUCAUUCUAUCCGUGAUUUACUACCCGCGCAGGUGUUUUAAGUUGAA